AAAAGCGGCCCGUAUAAGCCCUAUGCAAUUUGAAGGAGUCGAUUCAAGGAUUUAGGUGUCUGCCAAUAAUAAUACGCCCCUUUUGCAAAUCAAUCAACCCAAGCUUAAACCCUACCCCUCGGUUCAGAAACUCUUCUUCCUGCCAUAUCUAUCUCCGGGCCUGUAAUGUCAGUUGCAGAUUCAUCACCCCCAUUGGAGAUCUUAGUUAGAGAACCAGGGGGUUUCGUUAUAUGGAACGGACCGCCUUUCACUAACAAUCAGCCGAGUAUCAAGCUCGAUAAAGUACCCUGCACGAGUGCUAAGUUCAGUGACGAUGGAUCCAAACUAAUGGUCAUAAAGUCCGAGUCUGCAAUUAGCAUCUACGAUUGCAAAACCUUGAAAGAAACAAGAUCUUUUGAGUCCCCCAACAUUCUCGCUGCUGCAUUGUCUCCGUGUGGAACGUAUCUUCAAACGUUUCAGAAAGCAUCGUCACCACAAGAAAAGAACGUCACGUUAUGGAAGACCGAGACCGGGGAGUCUGUUUACGCGCUGUCUCAGAAGAACAUGACUAAGGCAACAUGGCCGACGAUCAGAUUUAGCGCUGAUGAAGCGGUUGCUUCUCGUAUGGCAACAAAUGAGCUUCAGUUCUUUGAUGUUGCUGAUUUUUCAAAAGGCGUUGUGCACAAGAUUAGAGUUCCCGGAGUAGCUUCCGCUGAGCUUUCUAACAACCCUGGAUCCCAUGUGGCUGCGUUUGUUCCAGAAUCCAAGGGAAUGCCGGGUAGCGUUCAGAUAUACGCGUGUGCACCCGAUUCCUCGAGUGAACCAAUCGCGCGGAGAAGUUUCUUUAGGUGCUCAUCGGUGCAGCAACAUUGGAACAACGGUUCUACGGGGCUUCUGGUUGUGGCGCAGGCGGAUGUCGAUAAAACUAACCAGAGUUACUACGGAGAAACGAAGUUGUAUUACUUAACAUUGGAUGGCACUCACGAUGGGCUUGUAUCCUUACGUAAAGAAGGGCCUGUACACGAUGUUCAGUGGUCCUACUCCGGAAAAGAAUUUGCAGUUGUUUAUGGAUUUAUGCCGGCAAUGGCAACAAUUUUUGACAAGAAGUGCAAGCCUCUUCUACAGCUUGGGGAAGGCCCGUACAAUACGAUUCGUUGGAACCCAAAGGGAAGGUUUAUAUUAGUGGCAGGCUAUGGAAACCUACCAGGUGAAAUGGCAUUCUGGGACUAUGUCGAGAAAAAGCAACUUGGUACCACCAAAGCCGAAUGGUCGGUGACAAGUGAAUGGUCCCCCGAUGGUCGUUACUUCAUGACGGCCACAACAGCUCCGAGGCUACAGGUGGACAAUGGGAUCAAAAUCUUCCAUUACAAUGGAAAAUCAUUAUUCAAGAAGAAGUUCGAUAAAUUGUAUCAGGUGGAUUGGAAAGCGGAUUCACCCGAUAAGUUCGGUGACAUUGAAGAACUCAUAAAGUCUGUUGGCUCAUUAAAAGUCGAAAGCAAACCACAAGGACAAGGAUCUAAACCUGUUAAUCCCCCCGUUCAGAAGAAACCCGCUGCGUAUCAACCGCCUCAUGCAAAGGCUAAAGCGGCCAAGGAGGCAGAGCUCUUUGGAGGAAGCCCUUCGGCUUCAGUAGAAAUGAGCAAGAACGCAUUAAAAAACAAGAAAAAGAGGGAAAAACAGAAGGAGAAGAAGGCUGCUGAAGCGGGUUCUGCUGCUAACGGAGCAGAUUAAAAAUACGAUUGAGGUUCAUGACAAUGUGGUGUUUUUGUUAUUUUCAACUGACCGAGUUUCGGUCUCCACUCAUACAUGUCAACAUGUAGUUAUGUACCAAUAGAUUUAUAUGAUAAACUCUUGUUAUUUAUGUUUGGAGAUUAUUGCAGCUAAUUAUUUAUUAGAAGCGUGUCAUCUAAUUGACACUAUAACGGUUUAAA